UGCUGUGUGCCAUUCCCUCCCUCUCCUACACUUCCUCAAAGUGGCCAGAGCUCCUCUCUUUUCUCUUCUCCUCUACACAUCCUUCCACCAUUCGUUUCCUUUCCUCAGCCCGUCCAUCCUCACCUCCACAAGUUACGCGAAUCUUAGACUACUGUUUUCCAAACUUCCGCCAAAGACUUUAUAUUCACUCUUGACCUUUUUUGGGGAGGGGUCCAUCUUCCUCCAGUGUGUAUGUUCAGCAGCGUGUUUGAGGUCUCUAGUGUUGCGCUCUUUGCCCUGAGGGAAUCCUUAAAGCUUCUGACAGGAGAGAAGAUUGGAGAAGAGUUUUCACCACAAUGAAUGUUCAGCUGCUGCUCCUGUUGGCCCUGGUUGGCCCAUUCUGUGUCUUCACAAGUGCAAGUCCCACAGUACUUCCAACAGAAGCUGAUGCUGCUGAGCCAGGUGUGGAAAUUGCCACUGAAGCUCCUGAAGCUGCAGAACCAACCACUGCUAAAGUUAUCACCGGUUCUUCUCCAACUGAACUCCAACCUGCCCCUGAAGUCAUUGCAGUCACAGCCGCACCCGUCGUUAUUACUGAAGCACCUGAAGUUGAGACCGAGGUCCCUGCUGCUACUGCCCUUGACACUGCAGCUCCCACUGUCGAGACUGAAGCACCAACUGUUGAGACUGAAGCCCCUGUUGUCAAGACUGAAGCCUCUGCUGUCGAGACUGAAGCCCCUGUUGUUGAGACUGAGGCUCCUGCUGUGGACACUGCAGCACCAGCUAAAGAGACUACAGCUCCCGUUGAUCCAGUAGAAACCGAGGUCCUAACCGAGGAGACAAGAAACACAGAGGGUCAAGAACAUGUGAUUGUUGAAAAUGAUGUAGAAGAGGGCCUGAGCUCUGGCCAGGUAGUCGGCAUUGUGAUUGGCGCCCUGUUGGCAGUGAUCAUCGUCAUCGCCGUGGUGAUUGCAGUAGUGAGAAGGAUGGGAAAAUACUCCCCUUAAAGAAAAAGUCGACCAAGCAGCAGGAGCGAGCUAAGUUCUGGAAAUUCUGAACUACUGAACUGUGACGUCAAUUUUGAUCAUUAAAACAAGCACGAUACCAGAACUAAACUAAUCUAACCAGGACUCUGAACUGAUGCCAAACAAAGAGGUGGAGGAAAAUUUGUGUGUGUUAAUGUAUAUACUGCAUGUACUGUAUGUGAGACAAGAGGGGUACAUGAGCCAACAUCCUCACACCCCCUGCUACCUCCCUGAUCAAGAGGAGCUGCUGAUCUAUUAUCCCUUAUUCCCUUGAAGAAAACAAAACAAGGUGAAAGGAGGAUGUUGCAAGGAAUUAUAGGGCUUUUCAAACGCAUUUAGUUAAAUUAAAAGAGAAAAAGCAGAUUAUCUGACUUCUGUGGGGAGGGGGGGGUCUCCUUUGAAGUGGUGAAAUGACUGAUUUUAAUGUUGAAGUUGGACAAAAGAGCGUAUAAAUGGAGAAUACUGACAAAGCAAAAAAAGAAAAAAAAGGCUCAAAUACACACAUGAAGGGUGGGGUUAGGAAGCAGGAAAUACUGCUACAAAUUCCACAGGAUGUAUGUAUAUACAAUGCAAGGGCACUACAUAGUAUACAGCUGAUGAUUUUUUUUUUCAUUUGUUGCAGUUGCAUAGGCUAGCAUUUGAUAUUAUGGAAUUCUGUAGUAUGUACAGGCAACCGUAGGCUAUUGUUGCAGCUUAAACACCCCUGAGCACCAGAUCAAAUACUUUCUCAUGCAACCAGAAUACCUGACAUGUUGGCCAACUGUAUGAAGCACAGUGUGCAGAAGUUGUUCCGGCUAUACUCGUGCGCUCUGAGAGGCCAUAAGAAAAGAAAAGGCACCCUCAUUGCAAUAGUAACGUGACAUUCUGCCCACCUUAACACUGACAUAUAAACACCUAAUACAUAUCUGUGAAAUUUAGCAGAAGGGUUUGUGCCACUGUCCCUGGUAUUCUCUUGCUAGCUAGGAGGAUUUGUAACUUUUGAAGUGCAUUAUUAAUGUGACUUUUUCUUUCUUUUGUAACUGCCACCCAUUCCAAAGACAACUACUUGGAUGACUUCUGGCUCUCAAAGUGCCAGUGGUUGUUAGACAUAAUAACAGCAUUGUUUUGACAAUGUAUUCCUAGUUCUUCUGUAAAUUGUUACCAGAACAGCCAUCCAGUGUUUAACCCCAGAUUACAUUUUAUAGCUGCACCUAAUCUUAGUGCAGUAUUUUGUUGUUUUUGCUUUUGUAAGUGUGCUAAAUGGGUGUACAAAUAAUAAAGUCUCAGCUUACCCCUGCUUGCUUUAUAAAGUUAUUUAAUAUGUGCACUGAAUGAAUGAUGUAAUAGGCUUUAGACACUGCAAAUGUUUGCAACGACAUGCUUGAUCCCUCCCUACUGCUUUGCCAUAUCAUACUAGCCCUAGGUCUUUCAGUUGUGCCAUCUGAUUCAUUCAAACCUUUUAUUUAAUUGCAGUGUUUUUGUUCAUACUGUUUCAAUAAAAAGAAAAUGAAAACACAAA